UGUCCGCAGGAGAUCCGGAAGGUUGUGCAGACGCUGGAGCAGACGGCUCGGGAGAUCCUCACGCUGCUGCAGGGCGUUCACCAGGGCGCCGGCUUCCAGGACAUACCAAAGAAAUGUCAGAAGGCUCGUGAACACUUUGGUACAGUAAGAACACAGCUGGCAUCUCUGAAGACCAAGUUUACUGAUGAUCAGUACUACAGAUUUCACGAGCACUGGAGGUUUGUGCUACAGCGGUUGGUGUUUCUGGCAGCGUUCGUUGUCUACUUGGAGACAGAAACGUUAGUGACCCGAGAAGCUGUUGCAGAAAUACUUGGGAUUGAAGCUGAUCGAGAGAGAGGCUUUCACCUGGAUAUAGAAGACUAUCUUUCUGGUGUAUUAACUCUUGCCAGCGAGCUGGCCAGACUGGCAGUGAACAGUGUCACAGCUGGUGACUAUUCUCGUCCUCUCCGCAUCUCAACUUUUAUCAACGAGUUGGAUUCUGGCUUCCGUCUCCUCAACCUGAAAAAUGACUCCCUGAGGAAACGUUAUGAUGGCCUGAAGUACGACGUCAAGAAAAUUGAGGAAGUGGUUUAUGACUUGUCGAUCAGAGGACUCAAUAAGGAGGCAACAGGGGGUGUUGGUGGCGAGAAAUGAAGGAUGCUUGUUUUAAUGGCAUCAUUGAUUACCUCAGAUGGUUGCCAAUUUAGGAGGCAUGUUAGCAAAGCCCUCCUGCAGUAGUUUAGAAGAACUGCAGCUGAAAGCUGCUCUCUAUUUUCUUACAAAAUGUGUAGUACGGGUGUUAGAUCUCAAAAUGUUUUGUAAAAUCAUGUCUAGGUUAGGGCAGCAGGCUCUCUGUUUCUAGUGAAAUUUCUCUGUCAAAACACACGUUGCUGUUCUGUGCACAGCAGCAAUAGCUGUCAGUAACUCUCAUGAGCUUAAAUUCUCCUUAGUUACAUAGUGUUGCUUCACUGCUCUGGCAGUGAUGUGCUUCAGCUGUUUCUGCUCACACACCUUUAAAGAUGUGUGCAAAUACAUGUGAUAUUUUAAGAAACACAGUAUGUAAAUAUCUAUACGUUUUCUUAAGACACUGAUUUUUUUUGCCUUUUUUCUUAAAUUUUCACCCACUUCAGUAAAUUGAAUGGAAGAGAUUUGCAUAGCUGUUUAUUAGCCAGAUCUUUUAAAAUGGUUUCAGUUAAUGUAUCAAAACCCCCUUAUUUGAGAAAUUAAUGAGAAAAUUCCUGAGAUUUUUCUCAAUUGGAACUGGCAUAUUGCACCCAGGUGCCCUCCCCUCCCCCUUAACUGAGAGUUCUGUUACCAGAGAGAGCAGGGUUUUCUGAAACAUCUGCUUUCACUAGUUGGCAUUUGUUUUACUGACAUGAGUAAAUGUUGAAUUUCAGAAUGAUCACUUACCUUGAGAACUCUGUGCACCAAAUUUCUUUUGGACUAACAAGAUUGCCAAAUAGAGAAGUGUUAACUGAUAAACUGCAGGUAGCGUUUGAGUUCUGACAACCUAAAUAGACCACGACUUCACCUGUUUCCUGGGAUUAAAAACAAAAGAUGGUUCAUAUCAUAAAAUGUUUGUAUCUUCAGAAAAGGGGAAACUUAGUUUUAGGUAGCUUGCAUGUAAUGUUUUUUCCAACACCAAGAGACUCUUCCACUUGUGUAAAUGGACAGAUUCAUACCUCCCAGUGUGUUUAUUCUCCUGUCCUAAAUGAUUUUUGUUUUUGAAUUUUCCCUUUCUUUUACCACUUUGUUGUCCCAUAGGGUUAAGGAGAAAAGCUAACUUUGCGAGGAGGAAUAUUGCUACAGGAUGAAUAUGAACAAUCAAAGUUACGUGGGGUUUGUUGGCAAAGAUUUCCCAUUGUUUCAGUUAGUAUUUUUUUUAGUUAGAAGAAAAUGGUUUCUUGGUUACUUUGGCCAAUAAAAACUGUUCUGUGUUUUUGGCCAUUUGGUAACUCUGCCUGUCAUCUGAUUAUUUGUUGUUGUUUGUUUCCCUUCCUGAGAGCCUAAUCUGAAAUACAAAAUUCAAAUUCAUUAGAAUUCAAAUUAGAAUUCAAAUUCAGGCCUCAACUGUGUUUGGAUUAUAAUGUAAUUCCUCACUUAUAAACUGUUAAAUGGAGCACUCUUAUCAGCUGGCAACUGGAGCACAAGUCAAGCUGCAAACAAAUUUCAUAGAAUUUUUUAAAAUUAUUUUUUAACUUUGACUUGCUUCACCAAGUUAAACAGGAGAGCUUUGGAAGAGAGUUUAUUAUUACCAUAUCCGAGAUGUGGCAAGGUUCAUCUUGCAGAGGUCUCCAGGUGGCUGUUGCUCUCCUGACAUCUGAGCAUCUCACAAUAUUUAACGUUUGUCCUUCGUAUCUUAUGUCACAUAACGUAGGGAGAUACUAAUACCCUCUUUUCACAGCUGAAGAAAAUGAGGGUGUAACCGCUGGUGAAGCCAGCUUUAAAAGUAGCUCUUUGUUCUUACCCUGUGCCACUAUUUGCUUCUUUUUCACUUGUACCCAGUGGAGGUGGGAGGAAAGAGGGAACUUAAGUCAGUUUUACUGCCAAAGCCAGAGACUCACGAGACAACAAGGUUCCAAGACGUGGCCUCACUGGUCAGGGUCACACAGGAAACGUGUGGGAGAGGUGAAUUAGAUAGAGGUUUCCUGAGCAUCAAUUUCACAUCUCGAAUUAGAGGGCUUCUGGCACGCAGGACUGGGAGGUCGGGCUGUGUGCUGGGCAAGUCUCUAGUUGCAGGGCAGACAUCUGCUGAGGCCUUGGCUCGGCUUGUGUCCCAGGUGUUCUGGUUGCACUGGGUCAUGCAGCAGGUCUCCUUCCUGAUGUGGGAUCCUCUGUGCCAAACAUAGCUUUUCAGCAGAUCCUAGAUCUGCCAACUGUUGCAUCUGAUGUGGUCUCAUGCAAGCUUGCAAGAGACAACAGUGCCGUGCAGCAGGUUUAGAGGUGUGGCUACUGUGGGAGGGCCAACCAGGAGAGCAAGUCUCUUGGGAGGUCCACGAGUUGUGGCAUCUUUAUGUCCAAGGGUGUGUGAAGAGCAAGUGCCCAAGGAUAUGUUCCAAAGCUGUGUUCCUGGAGGAUGUUCAGCAAAGACCUCUUCCUUCCUUUUCGUAGGUUUUGGGACAGCCUAGCAUGUUCCUCUGGAAAAGCAUUAUUUGCAAGAGACAAGCUGUAUACUGUGUUCCAAAGUCAGGUGUGGGGAAGGGAAAAGCGAGCAGCAAACUUUCUCCCUAGGCUACAGCAGGGAAAGCUGGGAAAACACAUUUCUCUUUGCAGCUUCUUCUGGACAGAGAUGGCCUGUGAUACCUCAUGGCCUUGGGUGUGGAACCACACAUUACUCUGUUUGGGGCUAAAUUAUAAGGUGUAUUUCUGUCCUAGAGCUGGCAGCAGAGGAAAGAAGGAAAGUCCCAGAGAACCCAAGUAGAGAGAGCAUGUGUCCCUUUUGACUUCUCCGUCCUAGGAGUAGUUGAAGUAGGUUAGCCAGUGGGGAAUGGGAUGAGGCACAGAGCUCUAAAGAUUGCACAAGUUCUGUGGGGUGAGGAUUGCUCACGAUGGGUCAGGUGCAUUUGAACCUCCGAACAAAUGAAUCCUGCUUGGUAUUGAAUGGCCUGUGCAGUGUGCGCUGGUGGCUGGGAGGAGAGUGAGUCAGUGCAGGAGCACUGGAAAGUCUCACUCAAUCAAUGGUCAGCACAGCUAUUCUCUGAAGCACUUCAGCCUGAAGUGUGUGCCAGGAAGAGCUGUUCUGGGUCAUCUUUGUACUCGGUCCUUGUUUUUUUUCUCCCCAUCUUGACGUCAUUUCUGUGCGUUUGCUUGCUUCAGUAAAAAGGGCGCUUACA